UUACAUUUCCUCACUUUCAGUAUGCGAGAGAGUAUUAAGUGAAGGACAGAAACUUCCAGCAAAACUCAUAAAAUAUUACAUUCACACCUAAAAUGGAUAACAAUAUACAGACAGUUCUGCUGCAAAUCAGUGAGGAGCUUCGUGAAAAAGAAGUAUUGGGCAUGAUCUUUUUAAGUGGAAAGCAUUUAAAAGAAGGAGAAAAAGAACACAUGAAAGAUGGGAUACUGCUGUUUUCAAAUUUAAAAAAGAAAGGCUUGAUUUCAAAAGACUGUUUACUUUUUGUUGAAGAACUUCUUAUCAGAAUUGGCAGAAAAGAUAUCUUAAGAGAUGUGCUAAAAACUACGCAGCCUAAAAUGGAAGAGCUUGAAAGAUCCUUCCGGUAUAUUUCUGAAUACAGGUCCCUUCUUUAUGAGAUCUCCGUAAGUUUAUGCACUGGAGAAACUGAGAGAAUUAUAUUUCUGUUGGAUGAUGAAAUUAAGUACACUUGUAAACUAAAUGAAGCGAAAUGCAUGUUGGUGGUUCUUUCUGAAAUGGAGAAACAAGAGAAACUAAGUGAAGAUAAUCUGCAAAUACUAAAUUCAUAUUUGGUGAACAUUGGGCGACCAGAUCUCUCUAAAAAAAUAAAGAAGUUUGAAAAAGAACAACGUAAUCGAAGCCUAAAUUUCGAUGCAAAAUUUGAGAAAAUGGCUAUUAAAGAGGAGUCUGACAAUGAUGUAAAUGUAAGCAGCAUCCUACCUGAUGUACAAAAUGAUCCCUUAGUUAAAAACAAAUUGGAAGAAUACAAGCUGGACAAAAUUCCUCAUGGUCUGUGUAUUAUUGUAAAUAAUCAUCAUUUCAAAGCUGAUGGAAUGAAAGACAGGGACGGAACACAAAAGGAUGCAGAGGUGAUAGAGAGAGUUUUUAGGUCACGGAAUUAUGAAGUAAUGCAACACAAUGAUCUUACUGGUAAAGAAAUUCUAAAUAUUAUGAAGAAUUAUGCAAAAGUUGAUCACUCUGAAAAGGACAGCUUUGUAUGUUUUAUACUCAGUCAUGGGGAGAAAGGAAUUGUUCAAGGUAUAGAUGGAACAGAUGUAUCAGUGAAAGAUCUAACUAACUGCUUUAAUGGUCAAAAGUGUCCAUCACUAGUUGGGAAACCCAAAAUUUUCUUCAUUCAAGCAUGCCAAGGAGAUAAAUCCGAUCUAGGUGUCCCUUAUGUCAGCGACAGCAACACAUCUAUGUAUGUAAAUGAUGGCAAAACUCUUCCAGUAUCUGCGGAUUUCUUAACCGCUUUUGCCAGUGUUGAAGAAUAUGAAUCUUUAAGGAAUCCGGCAACUGGUUCUGUGUAUAUUCAGACUCUUUGUGCAGUCCUACAGGAUCAUCAGUUUUUUAAAACAGAUUUGAUAAGCAUUCUGAUAAAGGUGCAUAACAAGAUAGCAGAUGAAGAUUAUCUAGUUAAAAAAAAUGGUGGACUACUAAAAGUGAAGCAGAUGCCAUCCUAUCAUUCUGAAUUGCGGAAAACACUGAUUUUGCCACUCCCAUCCAAUGGACAACCAGUAAACUAAUGACCUCAUGUAAGAAACAGUCUAUUUCUGAUAGUGUAACAGUCCUUUAAUCUGUCAUCUGACAAUUAGAAUUAUUUGGAAUCAUGGAAGACCAAAAGUGCAAGAGCUAUUACAAUACUUCUCUAGAUUAAGAAAACAUUUUAUAGUAAAAUAUUUUAUGUUUGCAAUGAUGUUGUUUAGACUUAAAUGGAAUGUAUUGAAUUUUUUUUACUGAUUAUAGCCAGAUACCGAAACAUGGUAUAUUUUAAUAAUCUAUUUAUUGUUUUCUGAUUAUAAUCUUUUUUUCAUUAAUUUUUUGUACAUUAUUAUUGGGGCUGCCAUCCUACCUAAACAGUUUUUAGAGAUAUGCUUAAUGGCAAGCCCAAUGGACAUAGGAAACAAUAGACUCAGGAACAAAAACAAUACAGCAACAUGGAUUAAAGGUUAUUGCUGUCAGAAUACAACAAGGCACAAAUAAAAAUGGUGCUGGUAACUAAACAC